AUUAUAUCUUACUGUAAGUCUGUAAGUAUAUUUCAUUUCAAACAAAAUCAGAAACCCUAAUAAUUUCAGGCUCAAAUUCAAUCCAAUGCUUUUCCAACGCAUCAUUUCUCGUAUUCCAGGUCGAAGCACUCUUUCCGGCCACCCUCAUCGGUUCUUCUCCCGGAAUAUUCUUCCGGCCGUAGAGAACAAUGGAAGUCCAGCUCAUGUUCUUCAUAAUGCUUUGCCAAGUUUCUUGGGAAGAGUUGGUUUUGCACAAGCAAAUUCAGUUCCUAGUUCAUUGAAGUUCACAAGUUCUAUACAUUCUGUGGGUCCGAAGGAGUUUGAGAGAGACAUGGACAAUGGACCCAUUGUUACUGAGAAGAAUACUGGAUUCUUGGAAGGUUUAAGUAGAAGAAUAGAAGAUGUAAAUAAGUCACAACCACCUGUGAUCACUCCGCAGAACCCUGGAUUCUUUGAGGGUUUAAGCAGGAGAUUUGUUGACAUGGAUAGGACCCGCGCCCCCACUGAAACGGGACGCGAUGUCAGACCUUUUGGUAGGUAUUUUGGCUCACCUGAAUCUGGUAGGAACAUGAAUUUUGUAAGAGGAAUCAUUAAAGAUAAUCCAAAUGAAAAUUACCGGUCUGGGACAGAGCAAAAUGCAGACAUCGUUCAUAUUAAAAUAAUGCGAAACAACACGUUUGUUACGGUGACAGAUUCUAAGGGGAACAAGAAAAUGGGAGCAUCUACUGGAUCAUUAUCUGGAGCUAAAACAAAAAAGGAAGAUAAAAUAAAAGUUACAAAUAAAUAUUCUGCUGAAGCAACUGCUGAACACGUAGGACGUGUUGCUAGAAGUAUGGGAUUGAAGUCGGUGGUAAUGAAGGUGAAUGGGUUUACAUUUUUCAAAAGGAAGAAGUUGGCGAUUUUGAGUUUUAGAGAUGGAUACACCAACUCAAGAUCUGACAAAAAUCCUAUUGUGUAUAUUGAAGACACAACACGUAAACCUCAUAAUGGAUGCCGACUCAGGAAGCAAAGACGUGUUUAAGACUUGUAGUCAUGAUUUUGUGCCUAUGUUAAGUGCUUGUUAUGCUUUUGUAAGGUUGCCUCUUUCUGGCAAGUGUUUUCUAUAAGAGAUUGUAGUCUUGGAUAUUUAUACAAGUAGCAGUCCAUAAAUUCUUGUCGAAUGGAUCAUCAAAUUGAAUAACAUUUGCAAUAUCAUUUGCUUGAUUGCGUUA